CGGCAAGCGCCAAUCGGCGAACGCGGCCGCGCCGGCUGUAGUAGCGCCGCGUCGCCGUACGCCGACCCUUCAUUCGCACAUCGCACGCCGUUGGGAUAGGACGUGUGUCGCGGCCUCGGUAUUUAAACGAUUACACUCGCGAGGACCUAAUACGAAGCUUCCACACGUGUACGAGUGAUAUACACGUCGACCGUCCGCAUUACACCGCGCCCGUGUUGGCUUCAUUCGCAAGCGAUUUCCGCAUUAGGAGAGUCUCACGUGCCGAGCUCGCGUGCCUCGCCGGGAUACCUUGCUUAUAUCCUCAGGUAGCACCAGGCGGGGCCCUCCGCAUCGACGACGCGGAACAACGACGAGACGCCGGCGAAGAUAUUGUCUAUUGGAAGUGGCGCAACUUUAGCGGAGCCAACUAGGGACGGGCCACGAGAGAACAUAUUUCCGCCACGCGGAAGAUAUUCUACGUGCGAACGAUCCGAGAUUCCUCGCUGCCAUCCCAAUCGAGUUGUUGCCGAAGAGUUGCUGUCGCUUUUGUCGGGCCGUGAGACUCGCGACAUUCCGGGACAUACAAGAUGACGCAGAUGCUGAUGCAGGAGCCCGGUUGGAAGCUGGAGCGCAAAGGUUCGGCGUUGUUGCUGCGCCGGGAUAGUUCGCAUCCUAAGAGCAGCACCGCUCGCGUUUGCUUCCGAUGCGAAGUCGACGUGUACGAGUACGAGCGCGACGAGGAGUACUGGACGGUUGAGACGGAAGCGGAACCGGCCGCAAGCCCGCUGGCGAUGUGCGCCAGCUGCUUGGCGGCUCUGUGCGUCACCAUGUUCCUUCCGUGGUUACUGAUCGGCGGUUAGACCGGCUCUCGCGUCAAUCGCGGGCGACAUCGCCUUGGUCGAAGGGCACUCUUGACGCCAGCACUUCCGCGACCUAUUUUUAAUCAGCAGGACGUUGCAGCCCGAGGGAUGCACUGAUGUGUCGCGUCUAUUGAGCAUCGCGUUCCAGUAAUAGUCCUCGAUAAUCAUACACAGGAUGUAUCUAGCAGUUGGCGACGAUUGUAACGUUAAUCCCCUCCCGAUUUGUUCGGCAAUGUCGCCGACAACGUCGAUGACAACAGCGACUCGGACGUGUACCCGUUCGGAUCUUUCCGCGGUAAUCGUGGACGGCGAGGACACGCCGGGGAUAGUUGUUUCGAUCAGAACAAGCGGCAAUCCGUUGUCUCCCGCUCGUCGUGCGCCCCUGCCCCCUCGUCCGACAACGAAAGCAACGCGGACGAGAUUGCUAUGGCUUUCGUUUGACCGCCGUCCGGACACGGAGAUAGGCGGCAGUUAGUGUGUGGCACAUCGAUCGGGCACAGGAUCGUCGAUUGCGCGUCGGUCCGUGGUUCGCGCAAUGUCCGAUCGAUACACGGCGAUCCAGAAGACGCGGCUCGUCGCGCGCGCCUCAUCGAUUCCGCCGCGUGCCAGAGAUUUCACCGGGAUUUAUGGCGAAGCGGCGUUUGGGGAAUCCGACGCGUAUAUCCCAAGAGCGCUCCCGAUCCGAUGUGCGGCGGGUGCGGUAUUUUUAACAGUGACGAUCGGAAAUUCGAAACGCGCGCUGGAAGAAUAUCGGAAAGUCGCGCGCGUAUUUGACCAAAUGGAUCGUGGCGGUAUACGUAAUGAACGCGACACGACGACACUGUAAGAUACUCGAGUGUGGCGCGCGAGACCCUUCGUAAUUUGCAAUCGAUGUUACAGAUAACCGAUGAUGCUUGACUGAUUUUUCGUAAUUGUACGUCGUGUUAGGAUGAAAUGCGAGAUACACCACUUGAAGGCUCACCAUGCCUUGUAAUGGUGAUAUCAGAUGCAACGGUUCAUUGUAUUUUGUGCUGAAUGUUGCAUAAACGAAAUUUUUUUUAAGCAUUUUGUAUAUACCUUAUAGAAAAGUGAAUGAAAAGAUUGAAUAAAAACGACAAUGUAGGAAAGAUAA